CUGAUGAGUUCACUUCAUUUUCUGAAGCAAGAUUUGUAACUACAAGGAUGUCAAGGCGCAGUGGCCGCUUACAAUCUAGAAACGAAAACAUUACAAGUCCUCCUAUUGCCAAGGUUACAAGAAAAAGAAAACCGGAGGAAUGCAACAAAAAGAAAUCGGAACAAGCUACGAUCAAAAGGCAAAGUUAUGCGAUACAGAAUCGAUGGGCACCGGGAGAGAUCAGUCCUUGCACCUUUAUUGAAACGCCACACAAGGAAUUGGAGACCACUCAGGACCUGUCUAGUUUCAAGCAGUUCCGAUUCAAAAAUCUUUUCAUAAAACCUUCACCUUUGCCCUGUCUCAGCUGGGGGAGUUCAGAGGAUGUGUGGAUUAAGAUGUUGAACAAGGAGCUGAAAUACGUCCAUGACAAGAGCGUCCUGCAUCAGCACCCAAGACUGCAGCCAAAGAUGAGGGCCAUUCUGCUGGACUGGCUUUUGGAGGUAAGCGAGGUUUACACUCUGCAUCGAGAAACGUUCUACUUGGCACAAGACUUUUUCGACAGGUUCAUGCUGACACAAGAGAACAUCAACAAGAACAGGCUGCAGCUUAUCGGCAUUACCUCCCUCUUCAUUGCCUCCAAAAUAGAGGAAAUCUAUCCUCCCAAGCUGCAUGAGUUUGCAUAUGUCACAGAUGGUGCCUGUUUGGAGGAUGAAAUCGUAGACAUGGAACUGAUCAUGUUAAAGGCACUCAACUGGAAUCUCUGUCCUGAGACUGUCAUCUCAUGGCUGAAACUGUAUAUGCAGGUGGAGUCUUUGACAGAUGAUCCUAAUGUUUUACUACCUCAGUUUUCUCAGGAGACUUUCAUACAGAUCACACAGCUUUUAGACUUGUGUAUACUUGAUAUCAGUUCUUUGGACUACCAGUAUGGGAUAUUGGCAGCAGCUGCAUUUUACCACUAUACUUCAUUUGAAGUAGUUCAAAAAGUGUCAGGCUUAACGUGGAAAAGUAUUUCAAGCUGUGUGAAUUGGAUGGCUCCCUUUGCGAUGACUGUGAGAGAGGGUCCCCCAGCACAACUGAAAGGUUUCAAAAAGGUCUCUGCAGAGGACAGGCACAACAUCCAGACACACAGAGAUUACCUAGCUAUGUUGAAUGUAGCUCACCAAAAGCUGCAAGAGAAUCUAGGACGAUUAUCACCAGUGUCAGUGGGAGGAAUCCUGACUCCACCAAAGAGCACAGAAAAGCCAGCUACAUACUAAAUAAGGAGCUCUCAAAGGAAUAACAAGGAUUUGUCAAAUUUGUGAUUGUUAAUAAAGAAAAUCCCAGAACACUUUUAUUUAAAAAGAAACAUAUUCCGUUGAGGUUGUAUACAAUACUUCAUGGAUUUAUUGUGAAUUUUAAUGUAUUUAUGCUGUACUGAAAAUCAGACUGGGUUGACGUGUGAAGUUUUUUACCAAAACUAACAUCAAUGGUAAAUAUAUGGUCUUUUUUUUUAACAAAAGAUCAUAAGUAGGUACGUAAUUGUGGGUUAGCGUUGCAUUAACUUGGUGCAGUAUUUCUCGAGCUUUUAAAGGAAUAUUUAAAGUAGUAUGAUAAGUAUGUCUUAACUGUGAAAGUGCAUUUAGGAUUCUUAUAUGUUGAGCUUAACUGUCAUGAUGAGAUUAAUUCACUUCCUUGUACAGGGAUAUACAGUACAUUGAUGCUGUAACUAUUCUUUGUACACCAGCCACACAUGCAAUUUUUAGCUGAGCAUUCUUGUGCAGAAAUGUAAUUCCUGGAAGACUUGAUUUUUGUAAAAAAUGUGCAAGACUGUUAAGGGUAUUUAUCUCUUUUGUUAUUAUAAAUGUUAUUAGUCCUACAUCCAGUGUUAAUCUAUAUUAACAAUUAAAUAACUUUUUUAACUUAAUAUCAUUGCCACUAGCACAUAUUUAACGGAAAGUACAGGUAUAGGUUUGGGUUUGAUACCUGUAUCUCGUCAACCCUUGCCUACAGCGAUAAUGUGAUGGGCAUGGAAUUUUGCCCUCUAAACUUAAAGUAUUUUCAUUACAUCAACAACCCUCUCAGGACUUCUAGUUCAUGACUUGGUUUAGCUGCACUAUAAAUUGUUACUUGUUUCAAGGCUAGCAAAAUUGGUCAUGCUGACCUACUACACAUGUUAUAAGAAAUGCUAAUUCACUUGACUGUAAAUAUGUAUACAUGUACAUAAAACAAUGCCAGAAUUGUAUGUUUUAAUGUUUAUUUUCUAAUGUGUAAUAAAAUAUGUAUACAGUA